AUGAACUUAAUAAUAACUAUUAUUCUCAUCUCAACCCUCCUCUCCGUAAUUCUUGCAAUCGUUUCCUUCUGACUUCCCCAAAUAAACCCAGACUACGAAAAACUCUCCCCAUAUGAAUGCGGAUUUGACCCCUUAGGAUCCGCCCGCCUUCCUUUUUCCCUACGAUUUUUUUUAGUUGCUAUUCUUUUUCUCCUCUUUGAUCUUGAAAUUGCACUUCUUCUUCCACUCCCCUGAGGAGAUCAACUACCUUCGCCCGUAAUAACAUUUUCAUGAGCCUCUAUCGUACUUGUUCUUCUCACAUUAGGGUUAAUUUAUGAAUGAACCCAAGGAGGAUUAGAAUGAGCUGAAU